AUGACCAAAGUGGGGAGCGGCGUUCAUGGUAAUUACUUUGACUUGUCAUAUCAAUCAAGUGUCAUUUCGUCUGUAGUUUGAAGCUAAAAUGAUAAAUUUAAAGUUUUUUGAAAUUAGUCUUUACUUUUUGCAGCGAGGUUUUUGUACAGGAAUAUGAAAAUAAUGAGAAUGAAAAUAUUCAUCGAGAUAAUUUCAAUUUGCAGCUUCCGACUUAACGGAGGAUGAGAAAAACAGCCUUCCAAAGUUAAGAAAAAGAAAAAUGCAGCUCAUUGAUGAGAUUGAGCAAAUCAAAGAUGAGGUACGUGAUUUUUUAAAAGUUUUCGGUUCUAAAUAUUGGUAUUUAGCUCAGAGCAGUUGACGCAGAGUUAGAAUCGCUUUACUAUGUAGACGAAAGUUCCAAGCCGAGGAAUAGAUUAAUGGCGAUUGGAAGACGGAAAUUCAACCAGGACGCCUGGAAAGGAAUCGAUUAUUUGUCCGAACGCGGUCUCAUUUCUCGCGAUGCCAAAAAUAUCGCUCUUUGGUUGUUCAAGGUUGGUGUUGGUUUGAUUUUUUUUGAAAAUCGUAUAUUUUUCUAGGGCGAAGGACUUUCUAAAACUUCCAUUGGUGAAGUAUUAGGAACGCAUGGACCGAUGGCUCUUGAGGUUGGUUUUAAAUAUUUUUAGCUCCAAUGAACUAGUUCAGAAGAGUUUCAGAAGCAGUGAAAUUGAACAUAAUUUAAUUAAGUAUGAACGGCGUAAUUAAAGAUAAUCUAAUCCAAAAUUAAAGAUAAUUCGAUUGAGUAGACGCGGUGUAAUUAGAGAUGAUUCAAUUAAAAGUUAAAGACAAUUUUAUUGAAUAAUUGGUUUCUUUUUCUAGUUAAUAUAUCAGUCUAAAAAUUGUUUUUCUUUCCCAGAUUCUCGACGAAUUCACCAAGCUCCACAAUCUUGCCAAUAUGUUCAUUGUUGACGCUUUAAGGUACGAAAUUGAGUUUUGAAAAUUUUAAAAAACAGUGUAUUUUUUCAGAGUAUUCCUCUGGUCAUUCCGCCUGCCGGGCGAAUCUCAGAAAAUUGAUAGAAUCAUGGAAAAGUUCGCUUCCCAGUACGUUCUUCUGAAUCCGGACACUUUUCCUGACCCCGACACUUGCUACACGAUCGCGUAUUCCUGCAUCAUGCUCAACACACUUUUGUACAAUCCUUCGGUCAGAGAUCGACCUUCUUUCGAUCGAUACGUCAUGAUGAACAAGGUUAAUCUCACUUUUAAAGAAAAAUAUGUUAGAAAAUUGAAUAUUUCGUACUUUUAAACAUAUUCCGUUUUCGGCAACUUGACAUGUUUUGCUUGUCUGCGUCUCUCUGUUCCCUCGCCGGUGGGGUCAGAGAAACAUGAAAAUACACUUCAAUACUAGAGGGUCAACGAGAGAAAAGGAGGGCGCAGAGAAAAACAGCAGUUUCAAGUCGCAGAAAACGGACUUUAACGGAAGAUCUGAUUUGUGUUUCACUGUGAUUUUUUAACUUUAUGAGGUAGUUCUGAAAUUUAUUCGCACUAUUUCCACUUUUUCGAAUUAUAAAUUUUCUGAUUUUUCCGAAUCGAUUGAGAACUGUGAUUGUACGAAUUCUUGGGAAUGGAAUUUCGGAAUAUUUUUUUCGAAAAUUUCCUUAAAAGUUAACUGUGGAAAAUGUCGCAGAUCUUGAAAAAAACUAUUUCUGAAGUUUUUAAGUUUUUUGGAAGCGAAAAUAAAUUAUAUUUUUCUCAAUUUUUAUGCAAAAAAAAAUUUUUAAAAAAUCUUUGAAUAGGUUUUUUUGUGAAGGGACUGUUUUUUUCUCAACCCCUAUAAGAGUCACUCUGACGAUCCUGAAAAUAUGCAUUUUUAUAGGAAUUGGUCGACGCCGGCUCUGUACGGACUUCGACGUUGCAAUCAAUUUACGACUGCAUCAAAAGUUGUCAGUUCAAAAUCCCCGACGAAGACGCUUGUGAGUUCUUUUAUUCGCAUUUUUAUUUCGGGAAAACUACUUUGUUUCGCAAUUUCUCAAUCCGCUGUUCAAUUUUUUAUUUCAUUGCUGUUCCUUAAGAAUGAAUAAAUUGUUUUUAGGCGGAAUCGCGGAUAUACUGUUGCAUGCUGAAAGAGAAGGAUGGCUCUAUAAACAGAGCAGCAGCCAAUUCCUCUCCGGUCCGUUGGCCUGGAAGCGCAGAUGGUUUUCUAUCCGCAUUUUAAAGAUUCAAAGAUAAUUAUUAAGGUUCGUCCUGAGCGAGACAUGUUUGUAUUAUUUCGAACAAACCACCGACAAGGAGCCCCGAGGCAUUAUUCCGCUCCAAAAUGUCGGAGUUCGGAGGGUGGAAAGCGCCAAUCGGCCUCAUAUGUUCGAGGUAUUCUUUGGAUUCUCAUUCUAAAUCUGACAAGGAAGAUAUUGUUACUUUGUACCUAGCCUGUAUAACUUUUUAGCAUUCCUUAAAAGUUAAAGUUUGAAUAAAAUCAUCAAAAUCUGAGAAUAGGUUAUUUUUUAACUUCUAGCUAUUACUUUGAGACUUUAAAGACUUUUACCUUGAAAAUAAAAAGAAAUAUUCCGCCUAAUUUUCAGGAAUUUCCGAACUCUAUAAAACAAAUGAUCUUUUUUGCGACAGGAAAUCCUUAGAAGAUAAAAAUCGGGAGAAAAGCCCAGAAACAAAUAAUCCCACAGUUUCAGUCCCGAGUAAACUGAGAGAAGUAUAUGACAAUUGUAGUUUGAGGAAAAAAAUGAUUAGAAAAUUGGGAAGAUCUGUCCAAAUUCAUGUAUAUACACGCAAAAAGACAAGCGUGAUUUAUUAAAAAGCUUUUUACAAAUAUUUCGUUUCUUGGCGACUUUCCAACUAGAAAAAUAACAAGUAGAUUUAUAAGGCUCAAAAGAUCCGGAAAAAUUCCUCUAGAGCCUUCAGUUUUUCAAUUAUUUGAAGUUCAGUGUGCUCCAAAAAUAAUGAAAAUAAGAUUCCUGGUUUAUCAGAUCUACUCGCUGUCCGACGAGCGGAUCAAGGCCUGCAAAACGGAGCAGACGGGAAAAAUGGUCGAAGGCCGCCACUCGGUUUACCGCGUCUGCGCCGUCAACGCGGAAGACAUGCGUUCCUGGAUCGACGCCAUUUCCGGAGUCGUCACUCAGAAUCCGCUCCGUCCGAAGAGCACCCACUAG